AAACUAAUUGAAGGCUGCUGCAGAAGCAAGUGACAGAUGUCGCGCAACGUAGAAAAACACGCUGGCAGACUGAAUAGAUUGUGGUUGCAACGUUUAGAUGAAGAAAAUGCAGAAAAGAAUCCAACAAGACCAGGCCUGGGAUCCUUACAUACAGCUGAGCAGGUGAAAAAGUGGAUGCCAAGUAUUAAGAAAGAUAUUGAUUUCUACUUGAAGCAAUCACAAGUCGGCUGUUAUCCUGAGGGGAAAAUCUCCGAGUUCUCUGAGAAGAUUGAAAGUUUAACAAAGGAGUAUAAGGCUUAUCUACGUAAAUACAGAACGCUUGGUGGAGAUAGAGAUAGUACACCCUGGUCUGAUCAACCAUACUCGAGAAAACACAAAUUUACAGAAGAUGCAGCAUCAGAGUGUGAUAAAGAACUCCCAAAAAAAUCACCUAAAGUUUCAGGAAACCAGGAUAAAUCAGAAAAAAAUGCAUUUAUUCCUAUAUCACUACCUAUCAUGGACAAUGAUGAUUGUAACGAAGAUAUUUAUACAUACAGCAUCGUGAACAUGGCAAAACCUGUGGAAAUUGACAUUGAAGAAAACAAUCAGCCAUUACAAUUUAAUUGGAACAAAUAUAAGGCUUUAGAAUAUCGCAAUGAUGGAGAUGAUAACAAAUGUAUAAGCUCUGAAAAUCAAAAUGAUCAUGAAUCUAACAGUUGUCUGUGUGUGACAAAUGAUUCAAGUGGCUGUUUAAAGUAUUCAGAGAAGUGUCCUAAUACAUGUACAUACUGCUCUGGGGUUUGUCUGAAGAAUGUGUGUAACUGUCCUGUUGGAAAUCAGUUUCAAGUGAUAGAUGAUGAUGUACGUAGAAAACGUUGGAAUGAUAACUUAUCAAAUAAUAAGAUUCCAUCAAAAUCUGAUGACUCUUUACAACUUCAAGUAAAUUCAGGUCAAACUUCUGCAGGGCGAAGUAGUAUUUUAAACAGUGUCAAUUUACAGGGGUCAGAAAUAUUUUCUGAGAAUAAUUCAGCAAGUAAAAAUGUGGGAAACAUGCUUAAUCUGCCAUAUUCAGACUCAUCAAGUGAAGACGACACCUGAGAGUUUAAUAUACUCAAAUCUUGUCAAUGCUUUCUCAUCGAGGGACCAUUGGUUUGAUUACAGUUUUGUUAGUUAUAAACAUGUUGCACCGUGAAAAAAGUAUCAAUCCUACUAUGAAUCGGACGCGACAUGGAAAAUUUGUUCUUCAACCAGCAGAUUUCAGAAGAUAGGAGGCUACAAUAUGGAACAUGAGAAUUAUUCAUUUGUAUUAUUUUGGAUAUUCAAGAUUCAUUUUACCUUUUACCAAACAAUUUCAUACAUUGAUAAAAGAGACCAUGAAAAAAGUCCUAGUGCAUAUAUGUCUGUGGACACUAAUGUAAGAAGUCAUUGCACAGGCUUUUUUUUUGGAGGCACAGGGGCAAGGUUUCAAGGAAAUGGGGGUGGGUGUAAAAUUUUGCAAUUUUCAUGUUUGCUGCAUCAAAAGCUACUGUAUUUAAGAGUCUUCAUAAACAAGAAAAAAAGAUAACAAGUAAAUGUGACAUUUUAACAAUUUAUUAAACUAUUAUCAUAAAACUAGGAAAACAACACAAUAAAAAUAAAACAUUAAUAAGCAAUAUAUACAUUAAAUGAUAACAAUGAAAGAAAAAAAAAACAAUAUAUAUAUAUUAACCAUUUAUCUUCACAGUCGCUCCUCACAAUUUAAAACAAACAAGUUCUUUCCUUAUUUACAUAUUAACACUUUCAUUUUCACACUGUCACUAAUCCUGUAUUUACAUUUUUACAGUUCGGUCCUUCUAGGUUUUUCCUUGUACCAUUUUUUUCCACCCUCUCACUAAAAUCCACUGCCUCUAGGGGAGGGCAGUCCAUGCUCACCAUCAUCAAUGCAUGGAGGAAAGUGGAUUUCAGUGAGGCACGGUUCUCUGACUUUAUUUUUUUCAUAGAGCUGAAGCCCCUCUUUCAGUCUGAAAUAGAAUAUACUUCCAGGUUAUGCAUUUUUUUCAACAUAGUUUCUACAUGUAAAUUACUAAGAUCCAAAUAUAGAGAGAAAUAUAAAAAAAUUGUUCUUAUUUUAAAGGAACUAUUUAAAGAUUGUUUUUAAAUUAAAUAACAGCCCAUAAAGAUUCAAAUGAUAUAAUGAUUUACAGUAUCACGUAGUGCUGGAACCAUCUUUUGUUCAUCAGAUUUAUGUCAAUCAAGCAAACAAACAAAUUAUAUAAAAGUAGGUUUUGGGAAAUGCAGAGUAUAAAGUCUGUUAAAUUUUUAUAUGUUUAUUUCUGUUAGCGCUUUCAAUGUUUUUACAUAUCUUCAGACAGUAACGUAUAAUAUAAUCAUAACAAAUAUAGCAAUGACGUAACGUUAUAAAAGUGCGCUAUGGCAUGGAAAUAGUCCUAUCCUUAUCUUUUUUAUCUUUGAAAAAGAUUUUACCAUUCUUUUACCAAACAUCACAAACCAGAGCUUUCCUUUUCUUCUUAAUACUCAUUAUAACUCUGGGACACUGUGGUAAGCUCUUGCCUGUUUCAGGUCAAAGAUUUGAAUAUUUCCAAUGACAUGGAAAUACGUAGUCCUGUACAUAAAUUUGUCUUUAAAUUGAACAUAGAUGGUUUUACUCCAUCUUUAUAUGGAAUCACACCAUUAUUGUAUCCUUGUGAAGAUAUUUUACUAACUCGUGUUUCAUAAUUUAACCAUUUUGAAACUUCAACAUAAUAAUUAUGUUUGCUGUGUUUUUACUGAAUCAGCAGUAUCCUUAGCAUUAUAAUAUA